AUGGCUGAACACAAAGGUGAAGAAAGAACAAAUGACGUAGCAUCGACAUACUGCCGUAUAUUGAACGUUGCUGAAGGUGCUUCGUUACCAGCUGUUCAACUCAAGGACGGAAGUACAGUGCAGACUGGCACUGUAGCUGCAAUGCUGAAAAAUAUUGAACGGUUCAACAAUGGAGAAAACCGAGAAGGGGACGAAGCUCGUUAUGAAUUGGAAAGAUGCGUACCUGUUCUUCUCAAAGUCGGGCUUUUUGCUUUAUUCACACCCGAUGAAUGGAUCAGUACCAAUGGCCAACCAGAAAAUCCCGGUCGAAAAUUUGUCGGUGAAUUAGCUCAACAGCUUCUCACUAUGCAAUCAUCAAAGGCUAACUAA